AUGUACUACAGGAUAGAUCAGUACACCAACGCGUAUAAUAAGAUACUGAAGGAAUCUUCAAACCCAUCUACUUGUCAGUUAGUGAUUUUUGUCUCAUGUUUAAAUAUAGAUGCAUUAUGUGCUACACGGAUGCUAGCUACCCUUUUCAAGAAACAGUUAGUUCAAUUGCAAAUUGUUCCGGUUUUUGGUUACUCCGAAUUAAAGAUACACUAUGCCAAAUUAGAUGAUAAUAUUAAUAGUAUUAUACUCGUUGGAUUUGGUAGUUACGUAGAUAUUGAAACAUUCCUGGAGAUAGAUCCUAAUGAAUAUCGUAUAGAACAAACUCGUAAUGACGCAAUAAUUACUCAUGAAGAUACGUAUAAAAGACAUAUAUAUAUAUUGGAUAGUCAUAGGCCGUGGAAUUUAGAUAAUUUAUUUGGUUCAGAUAUUGUACAGUGUUUCGAUGAUGGUACUGUUGAGGAUUCAUUAAAUGAACAAAAAGAAGCAUAUUUUAAAUUGAUAGAACUGGAAGCGGAGAGAGAUUCAGAUCAAGAUGAUGAGUCAGCCAGCGAAAGUGAAAAUAAUACAGACGACGAAGACGACGAAAAUACUUUGGAUAAUGGUAAAAGAGCUCAUCCUGAUGAUGUGCAGGACACGAAACAGGUUCGUAAGCUAAGAAGGAAACAAAUUAGUCAGUAUGAACGUAUCUUAGAAGAAUAUUAUUCUCAAGGUACUGCUGUUGUGAAUUCUAUAUCAUCUCAGGUAUACUCGCUGAUAUCUGCUAUUGGGGAGACUAAUUUAGCACAAUUGUGGUUGGCAAUUUUGGGAGCAACAUCCCUAGAUACUACCUACUCUGCAGUUUACAAUAACCUAUAUCCAAUUAUGCAGGAUGAAGUUAAAAGAUUGUCGCCUGGAAAUAGUUUACAUGUUUCUGCUACAAGAUCAAAUGGAUCUAACUCUGUGAUGAAGACACCUGAUACAUUAUCCCUUGAAAUUCAACCUGAUUAUUAUUUAUUCCUGUUGAGACAUUCGUCAUUAUACGACAGUUUUUAUUACUCUAAUUUUGUUAAUGCUAAAUUAUCUCUGUGGAGUGAAAACGGUAAAAAAAGAUUACAUAAAAUGUUUGCAAGAAUGGGUAUACCCUUAAGCACAGCACAUGAGACAUGGUUAUACAUGGAUAAUUCUAUAAAAAGAGAACUUGGUAAUAUUUUCCACAAAAAUUUGGAUAGGUACGGUUUACAAGAUAUUAUAAGAGAUGGUUUUGUUAGAACUUUCGGAUAUAGAGGUUCUAUAAGUGCCAGUGAAUAUGUCGAAUCAUUAGCUGCUCUUUUGGAAGCUGGAUCUACGCUGAAUGCGAGCAACCAGUCGAAUUCCUCUUCGUCUUCUAUAUCUACUUCGAAUAAGAAUAGCCAUGAUAGAAAUAAUAGCGGCUCGGGUAAUAAUCAAAAUGGAGAGAAGAACGAUGGUAAUGAUAAACAUGAGUACAAAGAAGAAGAUUCAAUUGAAAAUUCUCGUAAAAGAGCCGUUACUUCGAUGGAAAAUAUCAGAAAACAGUGGGUAUCAAAUUUUUGGCUAAGUUGGGAUGCACUUGAUGAGAAAAAUAUUGAUAUUCUAUCGAAAGGUAUCAAACAUGCGCAGUUUCUUCAAAAAGCUAUCUUCAAUACUGGUGUCACUAUUUUAGAAAAGAAAAUGAUUAAACAUCUAAGGAUAUAUAGACUUUGUGUUCUCCAGGAUGGUCCUGAUCUUACUAUCUACCAAAAUCCCCUAACGUUACUAAGAUUAGGUAACUGGUUAAUCGAAUGUUGCGCAGAAGCAGAAGACAAACAAUUAUUACCAAUGGUGUUAGCCUGUUUAGAUGAAGAAACGGAUACGUACCUCGUGGCAGGUCUCUCACCAAGAUACCCAAGAGGAUUGGAUACUUUGAGGACCAAAGAACCAAUUUUGAAUAACUUCAGCAUGGCAUUCCAACAAAUCACAGCUCAAACUGACGCAAAAGUGAAAAUUGAUAAUUUUGAAAGUUCGAUAAUAGAAAUAAGGAAAGAUGAUCUAUCGCCAUUUUUAGAGAAAUUAACCUUAAGCGGAUUGUUGUAA